UUAUAAAUACCACACCGAUAUGACUCCUACAUGAUUCCAUCUUCUAAGCAAAUCCAACAUCCUUUUCACAUUUGAAACCAAAGGAUAACAAAACCCUUAUUGUUCAUAUUCUUAUACCAUGAAGAGAGGUCUGCAUGAGAGAGAGAUUGAUAGCAUAACCAUGGCUAAUUGCUUGAUGUUUCUAUCUAAAGGAAGGGAAUCAUAUUCUUUUCCUUCGUUUGAUCAUGCCAUGAGCAAUAUUUCUCCUGCUCGUGUUUUUGAGUGCAAAACAUGCAAUAGGCAAUUCCCAUCGUUUCAAGCCCUAGGUGGUCACCGUGCAAGUCACAAGAAGCCAAGGUUGAUGGGAGGAGAAGGGAGCUUCGAGACUCAAUCGCCAGCAAAGCCUAAAACGCACGAGUGCUCUAUUUGCGGACUAGAGUUUGCUAUUGGACAAGCUUUGGGUGGUCACAUGAGGAGACACAGAGCUGCCUUGAAUGAUCGAAACCAGGUGGAUCCUCUGAACCCUCCUAGCACUGAUGAUCAAAAAGCAGUUCCUGUCGUGAAGAGAUCUAAUAGCAGGAGGGUUUUGUGUUUGGAUUUGAAUUUGACUCCUUAUGAGAAUGAUAUGGAGUUGUUUCAGCUCGGAACGACAGCUCCUAUGGUCAAUUGUUUCUUUUAGAUCUUACAUGUGUAAUCGCAUGAAACUAUACCUAUAGCUAGGUUUUUUCCCCUUUCCUUUCGCUCUUCCUGGAUUUAGGAACACUCGCUAUACAUCUUGUAUUUAUAUUUGUUAAUUUGUUCAUAUACAUGAAAUAAGAAGCUAGAUCAUGGUAUUAAUUUCA